GAGAAGAUAGAGAGAAUAGAGAGAGAGACCUUAAUUUGCAAAGUGAAGCUCCUAUGGCGAACUCAGACGCUGGAACGAGUAGCAGCAACGCAAGGGGAGCCGAGUAUCAAGUUUUCUUGAAUUUCCGUGGCGGAGAUACUCGAUUUGGAUUCACCAGCUUCCUUCAUCAAGACUUGGUACGUAAUUCUAUUCGUGCCUUCAUAGACGAGGAAGAACUUCGAGUCGGCGAAGAAAUCGGUGGAGAGCUUCUGCAAGCAAUCGACAACUCCCAGAUCUACAUACCCAUCUUCUCAAGAAAUUAUGCUGAUAGCAAAUGGUGUCUUCGUGAGCUCGCAAGGAUGGUAGACAACACAUCCAAGUCAAAGGAGAAAAAGAUUCUACCUAUUUUUUACGAUGUGGAGCCAGAUGACGUUGACCUUAAAACCCCAGUAUACAGAACGGCCAUAGAUGAACACAAGAAGAAGUUACCUCGUCACAAAGUAGAAUCCUGGGAGGAGGCUCUUAAGAAGGUCGACAAAAUCAAGGGCUGGGUGCUGCCAAAAUGUAAAAGCCAAGCGGAACUUGUGGACUUGGUAGUUAAAGAGGUUUUGCAUGGGCUGAAGAGAAAACAUAAGUUUGUGACUAAAGAUUUAGUUGGACUUGAUGAUCGAGUGGCAAAAGUUCUCGAAUUGUUAGGUGUUGACUGUAGUGAUGAAGUGAGGCUGGUCGGACUUCAUGGAAUGGGGGGUAUCGGUAAAACCACUCUAGCCCGGCUUAUCUACAAUGAACUUUCUUCUCGCUUUGGAAAGUGUUGCGCCUUCCUUGACGAUGUUCGAGAAAUGUCAAAGAAGGAGGGUUUAGUCUGGUUGCAGAAGAAGUUACUAACAGAAAUUGAUAGUUCUAGUGCAGCAGAAAUUAUUAGUGGAGUUGAUCACGGAAGGGAGACGAUAGAGGCAACACUUGUCAGUAAGAAAGUUCUCAUUAUUCUUGAUGACGUGGAUGAGAAAGAACAAAUUGAGAAUCUAAUGGGACAAGGUCGGUUGCAUCCCGGAACAAGAAUAAUUAUCACCACUAGGAACACAAGUGUGCUGAAGAUUAUUAGGCAAAGAAUGGCUCGUCAAAUGAAGGAGAAGAAUUCUGGCCAUGCACUCCAAAUUCUGCCUUAUGAAAUGAAGGAGAUGAAUUUUGACCAUGCACUUCAACUUUUCAAGAGGCAUGCGUUUCUUGAAGGCCCUCUGGCAGAGGAUUUUGACCACCUCUCAAGAGAUAUUGUCUCCACUACCGGGGGCCUUCCUUUGGCUCUUGAAGUUAUAGGUUCGUUACUUUGUGGAGAGUCCAAAGCGAGAUGGGAGAAAUCAUUAGACAAGUUAAAGGAUAUACCACAUGAAGAUGUACAAAAGAAGUUGAUGAUUAGCUAUGACGCCCUAAAUGAUUAUCAGCGCGAAAUUUUUCUUGAUGUCGCAUGCUUUUUGAUCAAUGCGGAUAUUACUAAUGCCAAUUACAUGUGGGAGGCUUGUGAAUUUCAUCCUGAAAUUGAGGACCUUGUUAGAAUGUCCUUGAUAAAGAUAAAAGAUAACAACAAAUUUUGGAUGCAUGACCAACUGAGAGACCUGGGACGAGAAAUUGUUCGUCGAGAAAGUCGUCAAAAUCUUGGGGAGCAGAGUAGGCUGUGGACUAGCGAGGAGGUCCUUGAUUUCAUAACAACCGACAAGAGGAAGAAAAAGGUUAAAGCGAUUGAUCUACGGCAAAGCAAUUCUCAUAUCUCAAUUAGAAACGAAGAAAUUGAAAGGUUCGAGAGUUUGGCGUUCCUGAGAUUAUCCAAUGGGACAUUUCUUGGGGAUUCCAUCAUUCGUCUACCAGAGUUGAGAUGGAUGUCCUGGUCUUCUCCCCUACCAGAUUGUAGUGUGGCUAGUAUGCAUUCAAAGAAUUUAGUUGUCCUUGAACUUUUUGACAAUCACUUCACAGAUGAUUCGAAAGUAUGGGACUUAAUUAAGAUGGCAACCAAACUUAAAAGUCUAUCUCUUGUAGAUUGUCAUCGCAUUACUAGAACUCCAGACUUGUCGAAAUGCCUGACUUUAGAGAGGUUGACUUUUGAUUAUUGUUGGGAGCUGAGGGAAAUCAACAACUCCAUUGGAAAGCUAACGUGCUUGCGCGACUUGAAUAUCACUAAUUGUAAGCUCGUUGAACGAGUGCCUGAUGAAAUUGGAGGGCUAGUGAAGCUUGAGCGCUUCUCUUUGCAGAGAUGCUACAAAGUGCGCGGACUCCCCACCUCUAUCGGCAAAUUAGCAUCAUUAAGGAAGUUGGACCUUUCAAAUACGAGAAUUACAAGCCUGCCGGAUUCCAUCGGAAAGCUGCGGUGUUUGUCAGAUCUCAACCUACAACGCUUAGCAAUCACUGAAAUUCCAGACGAAAUUGAAGGGUUGGUGGAACUGCGACAUCUUUGUUUGGAAGGCACUAUGAUUAAACAACUUCCGGAUUCCAUUGGAAAAUUAAAAUCAUUGUGCACUCUGAAUUUGUCACAUUACACGUAUGAGGAAUCAAAUUCAAAUCGAUGGAAGUUACCCAAAGAUAUCGGAAUGUUGGACAAACUAGAAGAGCUUGAUUUUGGUCAUCGGAGAGAGUUGGUAGGCGAAAUUCCUUAUGAAAUAGGAAAUCUAUCCUCUCUAAGAGUCCUAAAUUUAUGUAACACCAGUAUCUCUGGAGUUUCGGGAACAAUCAACAAGCUUUCUCACCUCUCAACACUUGACUUAAAAGGGUGUCAUGAGAUUACAGAGUUGCCUGAGCUUCCAACGAGUUUAGUCCGUUUAUAUAUUCUGUCUUACUCACUGAAGGUAAUCCCAAAUCUCUCGAGGCUUACCAAUCUGGUAGAGUUGGUCCUAUCCGAUUGCUUUUAUAAUCGAAAAUCAUCAAACAUAAUGCACACAUGUGACUUGGGGUGGAUUGGAGGGCUAUCCAAACUAAAGAAAUUGGAUUUGACUCUUCUCAAUGUCGUUGUACCGCCUACAAGGUUGGGUCCCCUUUCUCUUCUAGAAGAUCUUGACUUGUGUGGUCUACAUCCGCACCCCCUCGAGCAGCCACGGCCUUCUUUACUUCCUUUAGAACUUGACAAUUUCAGCUCAACAGGAUCGCCACUGUCCAACUUGAAAAUUCUGUCAAUUUUGACGCGUGGUUUCUCGCGGUUGCAAGAAAUUCAAUUCAACGGUCUUUUGCAAUUGCGGCACUUACGUUUGCACGAGUGUUCCCUUCAGAGCUUAUCUAUACCAUCUAGCUUAACGCAACUGGGAUUAUAUGAUUGCCCUAAUUUGAUUGAGAUUCAGUUUCUUGGUAUGUCGGCAUCACUGGAGGACUUAUAUAUUGGAGACUGCGGGUCAAUUGAAAGGAUAGUAUUUUGCGGUGAGGUAGGAUCUCUCGGUGUCCUCGAUCAAUCAGAGUCUUCUUCGAGUGAGUCAACCUAUUUUGCACCAGGAGUACUUCUUCUUCCCAAUGCCUUGAAGAAACUAAAAACACUUAUAGUGGUGCGUUGCAAAAACCUACUUGAGAUUCAAGUCAUCGAGUUAUCAAACUCGAAGAACCUUCAUUAUUUGGAAAUCCAUGAGUGCUCUAAGCUGCGGGUUGUCAAGGGCGUUAACGAACUAGAGUUUUUGACUGAGUUGGUUGUCUACGAUUGUCCUUCACUGGAAACAUUGCUCGACAUAUCGAACUUGAAAAUACCUGAUAAUUGCCGAAUACUAGUCAGAGGGUGCAGGGAGUCGCUUAACACUUUAUCACGAGGUACUUUUAUUCCUUUCAGGCAUUACAAAAGGACGGCCCAACAAGGUGCGCCUCAACCAGAGACAAACAAGGAGGAGGCUAAAAUGGAAGGGGACGCCAAAGAGCCCAAUGAGCUUCAGCUUCAGUUACAUCCAUCUGCAAGUUCUCGGGAUCAUGAAAUUAGCGAAGAGCCUCCCAUUGACAAUGUUGGAGAACGGACUCUGCCUCGAAAUCAAAAUCAGACGACGGAGCAAGACUUGAACCCUUUAAGUAUAUCACCACUAUUGUCUAUGUUUCGAUCUACUGUCAUCAAGUCAAAGACUGGAGGUCUUGACAAAUGUGGAAAGCAAAAUCAAACGACGGAGCAAGACUUGAACUAUUUACGUCUUGACAAACCUGGAAAGCAAAAUCAGACGACGGAGCAAGACUCGAACCCUUUAAGUCUUGACGAACUUGCGCCACCAAGAACAUUUUGUGAUAGGUUCAAGACAUGCUUGGUGAGCAUAUUGGAAUGUAUCUGCAACCGCGAUCUUUCCUAGCAGUUACGCUGGAUUCUUUGGAGUUUGAAAUGGAAAAAGCAUUUUAAGGUUAAUUCGGAAUUCGUGGACAUGGAAGGGCUUAGUCAAGUCUCGUCAUUUGGUUGAUUGAAGAGCCAAGUGAUGGCUUCAAAAGACAAUUUUCAGACUCCUCUUGAUCAAUCUCCAAGGCAACUACAGUUGAGGGACUAAGUGUUCCAGAAACAAGAACUCAGAUUGCAUAGGAAUUUCCUCUACGCUUGCGUGAGACAGUUUCUUCAACCUUGGACGGCAUGUGAUAAACCAACGGACGCACUGACAGGCUGCUGAUUGGUGUUGGCAUUGUCAAGCAAUGAUUAGGUGGCUGGUUAGCAGUGAUCUCUAUAAACAUUCAUUGGCCAAGGUUUACUAGAAGCUGCUUGAUAUUGGAGGCAGCGAGUUUCUAAAAAUGGACUCGGUGCAUUUUGUAAUAAAAGUUUCAUCAUCUAGUAUGCACUUUUCAUUGACAAGGGAA